AUGGCCAAUGUUGAUUUCGACGACCUCUUGAAGGAGAUAGCCAAGGCCCUACACAAAGAUUCAGACAUCGAUGAUCUCGGAAAAGCCUUGGGAUUUGGGCAAGGAGAAAUUGGUCGCAAGAUUGCACAAAACGACAAGCAAGGAGGGAAUUACAUGGGAACAUUGGAUUUGCUCAGGAUGUGGCGAAAGGGACAAACACGUUCGACUGAAAAGGCAGCAUUGAGGUCUGCACUAUUAGAAGCUGGAUUUGAUAACCUGGCAGACCAAUAUCUAAGCACUCCCGUACCCGGUGACGAUGAACCGAUGCCAAGUGAAAUAAUGAAGCUAAGAGAACAACUGAAAAGAAGAUAUCGCAAGAAAUUUGGUCAGAUCAAAACAUCACCUGUGGACUCUCAGUCACGGACAUGGCUUCAGCACAUCUAUGUCAGUCUCGUCCUGAUGUUGGGAUUUGAAGGGGAAAAGGAGGAGCCAAUAGACUAUGACGGAUUGUUUAAAUUCAUAAAAACUGACACAUCGAAAGGUUUUGUAACACGAUUAGCUUUCAUUGGAGAAGCUGGUGUAGGGAAAUCGACGCUGUUUGCCAAGAUAGCUCUUGAUUGGGCUGAGGAUUAA